UCAAAGUAAUCAUGGCAGACCAGGCGUUACUCGUGGCUGUUGGUCUGUCUGUGGGUCUCCUGCUGCUGCUGGGGCUGAUGGUGUACUACCUGUGGAGGAGGAAGAAGAAGAAGAAGGGUCGGAGUCAGUACGAGGAGCUGCUCUCUAUAGCGCCGUCAGUACCAGCAUGCACUGCUCCGGUUAUCCUUGUGUCUAAGGAGUCCUGGACCAGGCCAAGUGAGAUCCCUUUCACCUUGCCUCCUCGCUUCACGUCACAAAAUCAUGCUGAUCCCAAAAAUGAGGAGGAGAAAGAAGACAAAGAGGAGAUGAAGAUGGAGGCCCAGAGGCCACUGGCCCAUCGUGGGUCACUCUCAGUAAGGAUGUGGUACCCGGUGGGCACGGUGCUGGCCGGUCUCUACUCUUCCCCCCCUCUGAACGAGGUGGUGGCCCCUCCUCCCGGCAUGGCCACCCGCCUCUGCUUCUCCGUGGAGUACCGGCACAGCAGCGAGCGGCUCAUGGUGUCCUUGCUCCGCCUCGCCAACCUCCCUCCUCGUUUCCACGGCAACGUCACACUGGUUGAGAUCCGGCUUCUCCCUGACGACCGGCGGCCCCGCCAGGCCAAGGCCCGAGGCACGGGGCCCGACCCCGAGUUCAACGACUGCUUCGUUUUCCAGGUGUCAGGUGUGUAUGUGCCUCAGAGCACCCUGAGUGUGUGUGUGCUCAGUGUGGGGCAGUACGGAAAACGCCACGCAGUGGGCAGGGUGCUGUUUCCUCUAGAGGGGGAGCUCGCUGGGGCCGGCAGGGUGCUCUGGAGGGACCUGGAGACAGAUGACGACACACAGUGUUCAGAGCUGGGUGAUGUGCAGAUAUCUCUCAGCUACAGUCCGUCUCUGCAGCGCCUCUCUGUGGUGGUUCCCAGGGCUCGAGGCCUGCAGCUGCUCACAGACGCAGGUGUGUGUGUCCAGGUGAGUUUACAGAUACACACUCAGGUGGUGAAGAUGAAGCGCAGCUGUGUGGCGAAUAGCGAAAACGACCCCUGUUUCGACCACAGGACGACGUUUAAACUGCGCUCGCAGCACCUGGACGAGGCCUGUCUGAGAUUUGAGCUGCAGCAGCCGAACCCCGUCCGCUCAGAGUCUCCUGCCCUGCUGGGAGUGCUGGUGUUGGGUCCCUUUAUGUACGCCAAGGGCCCGCAGCUGCAGCACUGGAUGGACAUGGUCAACACACCACAGGAGCCGGUCCAACUCUGGCACAAACUGAGAAGGGCCACUUAA